CAGGAUUAUCAAAGUUUUGGCUUUGUUACAAAAGCAGUUCAAGAUUUCACUUUUCUUUGGUGACUAAGUGGGCAGAUUGUGACUUAUGUCCAUCCAAGAAAUACAUAAACAUGCAGUUCUUCCUCCUAUCAUUAGUAGAUGUGACAAGGAAUUUUUGGAAAGUACGAAAAGAUACAUAAUUACAGAAAUUGAAAGAGUGGGCUGUAAUGAGGAAGGACCUGCUGAUGAAUAUUACAUCAUAUACCAAAAUGUUUUUAAUAAGGUAAUAGACUAUGUCACUGCAUACAAAUCCAUUCUUUCUUCAAUCAAAAAAGAAUAUGAUGCCUUUAUUGAGACACUAAAGAAAGACCGAAGAACUACAUUUUUUCUUCAUGGAAAACUUAAAGUUUGGGCAGCAGAGCCCACAGUUUUGGUAUAUCAUCAGAGAAGAGCUAUCCAGCUUGAAGCAAAAAUGAGGAUUAUUGAAAAUAAUUCCUUGAAGAUUCAAUUGCAAAUAGAUCAAAUGAAACAGCUUAGGGAAGAGUAUGACAAAAAAGAAGCAAAAUACUAUACUCUCUCCAAAGAUCCUUCAAAACCUAUUCCAGGCAUGACUCUCCAAGAUUCUGUCAAUCUAAAUGCUCUCAGGAAAUUCAGGAAACACCUUGAAGAUAAAUACAGAGAAAUGAAACAAGCUAUGUUGGUAAAAUAUGUACCAAUUCAAAGGAUGGCUGAUUUUGAUGAGGAAAUGAUUGUGUUAUUAAAACGGCGAGAUAUAGCUGAAAAUCUGAAUGAAAGAUUACAGUUUCGUCAUCAAAGACUGCAGAUUAUUUUAUAUGCACUUUCUUCAUGGGUAAAAUCUGAUAAGAGCAAAACAUUUGAAGACUUCGUGGAAGAAGUUCAGAAAACCAAAGAUUUUCAUGUUGACCAAGGCUUUGUUGAAGAACUGCUUGAAGAUGAUCCAAGCAAGGCAAAAAAUGCUGAAAUUAUACUGUACUACAUUGAAAGGUUCAAUGAACUAAUGUCACUUGGUGAAUAUGAAAAGGCAGCUUAUUUUGCAGCAAGCAGUCCUAGAAGGAUUCUUCGAAACAUGGGUUCAAUGGAUAAAUUUAAGGCUAUUGGAAAAAUUAGAGGAAAAACUCUUCCAUUACUCUUAUUUUUUGAGGCUAUAUUUAGCACAAGCCAUGCUUUUAAAACUCCUGUUGAUGCAGAUCUAACCCUAGAGGGAAUCAAAUGUGGAUUAUCUGAAAAACGGCUGGAUUUAGUUAUCAACUGGGUCACCCAGGAAAAGCUGACAUUUUCAGAGAAGGCUGGGGAUGUGAUUUAUGAUUAUGGGGAACAAGACACUUUUAACAAAGCCAAGUGCCUGGCUUUAGCUCAGAUUAUCUACAGUGAAUGUGGCCUGCAUAAGAAAGUUCUUCUUUGCCUGUGUAAACAGGGUCAGAUCCAUGGGGCCAUAGAAUACUUACAACAAUUCAAGGACUUUACUCCUGAUGACCUGAUGAAGCUAAUAACAUUAUGUCCUCAAACUGAACUAAUUCAAUGUCUCACUGAAGAAAAGAAUGGGAGACCACCAUUUUUAUCUUUUGGACUUGCCAUACUUCAUCUGUUCUCUGUGAAUAUGGAAAAAGUUGGCAUUAAGCUACUCCAAGAAAUAAACAAAGGUGGGAUAGAUGCAGUAGAACAUCUUGUGAUAAAUGAUUCAUAUUGCUCCCUAGAAAUGUGGCAAAAAUUGGCAAAUAUAUGUUUACAGAGUGGCUUUGACAAAUUAUCUAAUGACAUCAUAUCCAUUCUUCGAUCUCAGGCUGGAGUUGCAGAAAUUUCUGAAGAAGAAGAUACAGUCAAUUUAAUGGAACAUGUUUUUUGGUAG